AACGGAAGACCAAACCCGCUCGAAGCGGUGAGCUCUCCUCUCGCCCCUUUCAGGUCGUUUGUUCAUGCGAUCGAUUGAAGAGAUCUGUGUCUACGGAUUCAUUCGAGUUCUGAAAUUUCGAAAUUGUUUGCUGAUGCAUAUGCCGUGAUAUUGUGAUUCUUCUGUUCGGAACUUGAAGAGAAUAGUGGAGCAGUGGCCAUGGGAUAUCUGAAUUCCGUCUUCCAAUCCGGUAGUAGCCAAGUUUAUGCCGAUGCACCGGUUACCGGCGGUGGUCUUAGUCAGAAUGGAAAGUUCAGCUAUGGUUAUGCAAGCUCUCCAGGAAAAAGAUCUUCUAUGGAGGAUUUUUAUGAGACCAGAAUAGAUGGUGUUGAUGGAGAGAUUAUUGGCCUUUUUGGAGUUUUUGAUGGUCAUGGGGGUGCUCGAGCUGCAGAAUAUGUUAAGCAAAAUCUCUUCAGCAAUCUGAUCAGCCAUCCGAAGUUCAUGUCUGAUACCAAAUCUGCUAUAGCUGAUGCAUACAAUCACACAGAUUCAGAAUUUCUGAAAUCAGAAAAUAAUCAGAAGGAUGCAGGAUCAACUGCUUCCACGGCCAUUCUUGUUGGUGAUCGUCUGCUGGUUGCAAAUGUUGGGGAUUCCAGAGCUGUUAUUUGCAGGGGUGGAGAAGCUUUUGCUGUGUCUCGAGAUCACAAGCCAGACCAAAGUGAUGAGAGAAAACGGAUUGAAAAUGCUGGAGGGUUUGUGAUGUGGGCAGGAACUUGGAGAGUUGGAGGUGUGCUUGCUGUUUCACGUGCAUUUGGUGACCGGCUUUUGAAGCAAUAUGUUGUUGCUGAUCCAGACAUUCAGGAGGAAAAGGUUGACGACUCUCUUGAGUUCCUUAUUCUUGCAAGUGAUGGACUAUGGGAUGUCGUGACAAAUGAGGAGGCGGUUGCAAUGGUUAAACCUAUCGAAGAGCCCGAGGAUGCAGCAAAGCGCCUGAUGCAGGAAGCAAACCAGAGGGGCAGUGGAGAUAACAUUACAAUUGUUGUGGUCCGCUUCUUGGAGAACCAGGGGACCUCUUCUGUUGAUGUAUCCGGUUAAUAACCUCUUCUCCCUUGGAAUCUCAUAACUGCACCUUACUAACUUGGGAAACACGAAAUGAACUUGUGGGCUGUUAAUGUGCAUUUACAUACUGCAAGCCUAUAGGACUGAACUGUAUUUGAGGUUGUGUAGCUGCCAGAAACUUGAUGUGCAUCCUUGAAUUGAUAGAGCCUCUAGUUUCUAAUUCAAAUGUUGUAUAUUGGUUUAUAUGUUCCAUUGGUGUUUCAGUUUCA